CGUACGUGCGUGUGCGCGCGCGCGGUGUUUGCGUAUCAUGGCAACAAGUUCAAUCAAAAGUGAAUUGGAAAAGAUGGCGACGCAGAGAGAGAAAGACGCCGCUGAUUAUCUCGAGAAACACAAAAUUUUCGAGCUCAUGGAAAACCUGACCAGCAUGCUCUUCUUUUACAGACCUGAGAAUCCCAGAGAGUUUCUCGUUGAGCAGCUGGAACAGCUGAAGAUGUCUCAGCAGAAUGGUGUGAAAGGGCCGAAUCUGUUCAACAACUCCAACCUGGAUGCAGUCUUCGGGAUACUGGACCCCGCUAAUCAAAAAUACAUCACUUUUGCCCAAUACAAGCAGGCGCUGACCACACUGGGCAUAAAAAACAUUAAUGAAUGUCCCGAAGGUGUAAAUGAAGACAGAAUAUCCCAUGAAACCUUCAAAACAGAAGCGAUUCAAGGCCUGCAGAGAUGCUCAGCAACAUAUGAACAACUGUGAACUUAUGUUUGAUGUUUUCUUCCAUUCAGCUGAUGUGUUAUUUAAUACAUGAUAUAAUGUUGA